CACGUGCGCCCGCGUAAAGUGCGGAAAGUGCGAAGAAAUGAUCAGCUUCUGGUUGAAAGAAGAAGGAAAAAAUAUGUAAAGAAAAAACAAUGGGAAUAACAGCAAGGAACACGCAACGCUGAGCAAGCACUUUGGAAAGCACUAAAAACACGCAAUAGAACGCGUACCAUAGGCAACGAACAAGAUAAGCAAAAAUACAGAAGAUAGAAUUGCCUGUAUAAGGCGGCAGUUCAUUUUGCAAUUGGUCCCGUGUGAGCGUUUAACACAGCAACAACAACAACAACAACAACAACAGCAACUAGGGCCAAUAGCAAGAGCGAUAAAAAGCGGAAACUGGCGUUACCGAAUUACAAAACACGGCAUCUACGUUUGUUAUAUAUUUAUGUGGGUCAGUGUUCUCUAUAUAUAAUUUGUCGCAAUCAUUAGUGGGCCCUUUCACAAGGCUGACCACAAACUCUCAUCGAAAGCUGCGAAUUGCUGACGCUUUUCUGCGCAAUAAGCGUGAAUUUCUGCAACACAACAACAAGUGUAAGAGCCAAGAACAGUAACAAGCAACACCAUAAACGACAAAGCGUCUCCGCAAUAAUAAUAAAGUACGGAUAACAACAACGUCUACAAGACGCCAAAUUCAAAAUGUACGCCCACGCACAUUUCAGAGCCCGAUCCAAACAGCACCACCACCAGCAGCCGCAGUCAGCCACUUUUGGAUUACUCUACCAAUGGCUCAGCUGGCUGAUUUUGUGCGCCGAGAUUAAAGGGCAUAGCGCUGCUAUUGCGCCAACGCCACCAACGACAACAACAACGACAACAUCGCCUUCAAAUCUCCUGCCCUACUUCGACUUUGAUGUGCCACGCAACUUGACCGUCACUGUGGGACAAACGGGUUUCCUGCACUGCCGCGUCGAGCGCUUGGGCGAUAAGGAUGUUUCCUGGAUACGGAAACGUGAUCUGCAUAUUCUCACGGCUGGAUCCACUACAUACACCUCCGAUCAGCGUUUUCAGGUUCUACGGCCCGAAGGUUCAGCCAAUUGGACUUUGCAAAUCAAAUAUCCGCAGCCACGCGACUCUGGCGUCUACGAGUGCCAAAUCAAUACUGAGCCAAAGAUGUCCUUGUCAUAUAACUUCAACGUUGUAGAGCUCAAAGCGGAAAUAUACGGCCCGAGCGAUUUGAUGGUAAAGACCGGCAGUGAUAUUAACUUGACUUGCAAAAUUAUGCAGGGACCCCAUGAACUGGGCAACAUAUUCUGGUAUAAAGGCAGCGAAAUGCUAGAUGGAAAAAGUGAGAACGAAAUCGACAGCUCCAUGGCACGCAUAAGCGUCGAGGACGACUGGUCGGAUGGUCUGACUUCGAGAUUAAAAAUCAAGCGCGCCAUGCCCAGCGACACCGGAAACUACACCUGUGUGCCAACUGUAGCAAAAACCUCGAGCGUCUAUGUGCACGUAAUUAUUGGCGAACACCCAGCGGCAAUGCAGCAUAAUUCGAGCAGCAUGAAUAGUAACAGUUUCUAUUGCGGCAUUUGUUGCAUGCUUUUGAGCAUAUUCAGCUGCUGCUUGCAACACUUGUAUGUGAGUGCGACGACGGCCAAGACAAUGGCCGCCAUGCCGUUGCCACAGAUGCGCCGCAGGCAAUUGUGUGCGAUGCCAACGACGACGCCAACUGUUGAUGACAAGGCCAGCCUGAUGAUGGCCGCGUUGUUCGCAACAACAGCCACACUCACAGCCACAGCUAGAGCCACAACAUCAAUGGCAGCGGCAGCGGCACUCAGAGCUUGCAACGGCAACGGAAAAAUUGCGAGAUGAAGGAAUUGCCCGCAUUGAGAUUGAUUGGGUCUGGCAAUGAGGCUUGGGCACUGAAAGUGAUGUCAGCUUAGUUAAAUGUGUUAUGUAUUUUCUCUAUUUUGUACGACUCACAGAGAGUGGCCGCAGUGGGCGUGGCUCCUUAACGUAUUCGAAUAUUCGUACGAGUAUGUGUUUAAUUUUAAGCUGCUGCUGCACUUAGUGGAUAACUACGAGUAUUUAACUAGCUCUAAGCGUUUGUAUAAGUGUAGAAAAUAUAUACGUUUGUGUAACAGAACAGCAAAAUAUAAAAUAAAUAAGGAAAUUCCGAAAAAAGCAUAGUGAAGGCCAAAAAAGAAGCGUAUCAAUAUUAGAGCAGAUAAUUUGAGCGUUAUGCUAAGCUGAAAGCAAAACACAUAAGACAUACUCAUAUUAGAACACUGCAGUGGGGAUGAAUAUUCAAAGGUUCUGCUAUGAUUUGCAAUUCAAGCAUAUAGUUAUGCAAGCAAAAACCACAUAGAAUAAAACCUUUUCAUUACAAAUAAGACUUACUAGCUAUAAAUUUGCUUAUAACGCUCUGUCCUUCUAUCCACUCCACACAAAUUUCCGGCAGCUAUGUGAAAUCUUUAUGCAAUCUCAACUUCAAACACAUAAAUUAAAAAGAGUCAACUGUACAUGUUUUAGUUUGUUUAUGCUAAUCCCUUAGCGUUAGAGUAGCAUCAAUUUUCGGAAAUAUUUAAGUAUGCGUAGGUAAUUGAAAGUGGUGUAAAUAAAUGGCAGAGAGCCGAUGUUGCAAUUGGUUUGCUUAGCUCACAUUCACAGAAUUAUAAACAAAUAAGUACAUACAUAUUGGGUUUUUGUAUAGAAUAAGUGUGCCGAAGUUUAUGUUCAUGAAGUAGAAAAACACUGCAAUUGGGUCAGAACCCAAUAUGCAGCCUAAACAUGUAAAAUGUGUAGCAGGUAAGCAACGACAAAACGACAAAACGACAAAGCCGAACAGACAACAAUGUCUAAUGGUAUAAAAAUCAAAUACACAAAUAAUUGUCCUUCAUUUGGGUCCUUCUAUUCAUUAACACAAUUUGCAAAUGAGAAACCGUAGCUUAAUAUGUAAAACAAUAUUUGUUAUGGUGGGCAGCAAGAGUUAACGAAGGAUGUCAGGUACGUAUACGUAUUUGAUCCUGAUGUUUAUUUUGUGCUUGUGUCUGCAAUAUCAAUAGUUGUUUUUAUUUGUAUAUAAUUAAUAUGUGGCAAGAGGACAGAAAUAUGUCCAAAAAAAUAUGUAGAUUCAAUUUGUAAUUGUGCUCAGUUAAAUGACUAUAAACGAGCAAAACAUUGUAAAUACAUUCAUUAGUAGCAACUGUAAUUUUAAUAAGCCCUUUUAUGAAACAACAGAUAAAUAAAAUUUAAAUGUCAAAGCCGUUGGGGUUAUCAUACAUCCGUACAUUCGCCGCGAACAUAUACUCGUAGUAUAUACUAGUAAUGUGGCACAAUAAAACCAAGAGAAAAAACAACUAUAACACUAAUUGGAAGCAGUUGUAAUCAUAAAAAAAUACAGGUAAACAUUUAUUACAGAACGCAGUAUUUAACAAAAAGCAUACACGUAUGAAAAAAUAGUCGAAAUUAGAUAAAUUUAAUGUAAACAGCCACACACUCUGACCAGCACUUUGACGGGAAACAGCAACAGACAGGCCACAUAUUCAUCGAAUGCGCCUGGAGAUGGGCUUAAUAAUGUAUUAGGGAUUUGUAAAUAAAUUAAUGCAUUUUGCAUAAGCGGCUGGCGGCAUCUACUACGUACGAGUAUUAAACACAAACAUGCCCGAUUAUAAAGCAGAAGUAAUAAUGUAAGCGAAAACAACAGUAACAGCAUCGAUAUUAACACACACAUAUGCAUACGUAUAAGCGUAUAGGUGUCAGUACUAACUACCACAUACAUAAAUAUAUCGAGCAUAUGAGUAAAUGAGCAGUUAAGCAAACCAAAUGAACUAUAUGUACGAGUAACUGUAAGAAACACAUAUGUCACCAUAAUGCAAAAUCCACGAAAACAACUUUAUACUCACACACCGACACACACACACACACACAAACACACUCACUAAAAGAGUUUAAUCAUAAAGAUGAAAAAAUAAAGAUUAUGAUUUAGAAAAAUGUCAUCAGCCA